CCUGAGAGGAACGGGGGAAAGAGAAAAGAAGGAGAUUAACUCCCCACCCCCCACAUACACCUCAUUCUCGGAUGCUUCUUCUGUCCUCCACAUUGCCGAAGGGACUGUCUCCUGAACAAGUGGAAGACUGAGAGUGAAUGCAAGGAGGGAGUGCAUAGCAACACGACUCCAAGAUGAAGAAGGGCCAGGGAGACCAUCUCCGGGAGCCAAUAAUCCCAGAUUUAUUAAUGACCCCAAGUGAUCAUGGAGAUGGUGACCUGGAAAUUGGGCAUCCUGAAGACAGAGGGAAUUGGACAGGCAAGCUGGAUUUCCUUUUGUCCUGCAUUGGAUACUGUGUGGGACUGGGAAAUGUCUGGAGGUUUCCGUACCGAGCAUAUACAAAUGGGGGAGGGGCAUUCCUUGUUCCUUAUUUCAUCAUGCUGGCAAUAUGUGGGAUUCCCAUCUUCUUUAUGGAGCUGUCACUGGGCCAGUUCUCAAGCCUGGGACCUCUUGCUGUUUGGAAGAUAAGCCCACUGUUUAAAGGUAUUGGCAUGGCUACAAUCCUGAUUGUCUCUUUGGUGGCCAUUUACUAUAACAUGAUCAUUGCCUAUGUUCUCUUCUACCUCUUUGCCUCAUUGACAAAAAACUUGCCCUGGCAGUACUGUGGCAACUGGUGGAACACAGACUUAUGCCUGGACCACCACGUCAUGUGGACAGGGAAUGGUGCUGUCCCACUCAACAUCUCUAACACUGUCAGCCCGAGUGAAGAAUACUGGAGUCGUUAUGUCCUGCACAUCCAAGAGAGCUCGGGGAUUGGGGAUCCUGGGAGAAUUCGUUGGAAUCUGUGCCUAUGCCUCCUUCUUGCCUGGGUCAUUGUGUACCUGUGUAUCCUAAAGGGAGUCAAAUCCUCUGGCAAGGUUGUGUAUUUCACUGCCACGUUUCCUUACCUCAUCUUGAUCAUGCUCCUGAUUCGUGGUGUAACACUGGAAGGAGCCUGGUUAGGAAUUAAGUUCUAUCUCACACCCCAGUUCCACCACCUGCUGUCUUCCAAGGUGUGGAUUGAAGCAGCUUUGCAGAUCUUCUACUCUCUUGGGGUGGGAUUUGGGGGACUGCUUACCUUUGCUUCAUAUAACACCUUUCACCAGAAUAUCUACAGGGAUACUUUCAUAGUCACCUUGGGCAAUGCCAUCACCAGUAUCUUGGCCGGCUUUGCCAUCUUCUCAGUUUUGGGCUAUAUGUCCCAAGAACUUGGUGUCCCUGUUGACCAAGUGGCCAAAGCAGGUCCAGGCUUGGCAUUUGUGGUGUACCCGCAGGCCAUGACAAUGCUUCCUCUCUCUCCUUUCUGGUCUUUCCUUUUUUUCUUCAUGCUGUUAACUCUGGGCCUGGACAGCCAGUUUGCCUUUCUAGAGACCAUUGUUACUGCUGUGACAGAUGAAUUUCCAUAUUAUCUGCGACCAAAGAAGGCUUUUUUCUCAGGCAUCAUAUGUGUUGUGAUGUUCCUCAUGGGACUCAUUCUCACAACAGAGGGCGGAAUGUAUUGGCUAGUGCUGCUGGAUGACUACAGUGCUGGUUUCGGACUCAUGGUGGUAGUCAUUACUACCUGCUUGGCAGUUACACGCAUAUAUGGCAUAAAGAGGUUUUGUCGAGAUAUUCACAUGAUGCUGGGCUUCAAACCUGGGAUAUAUUUUAGAGGUUGCUGGUUGUUCCUGUCCCCAGUAACAAUGAUGGCUCUGCUGGUUUACAGCAUAAUCAAGUACCAACCCUCAGUGUAUGGAACCUACCAAUUCCCAUAUUGGGCUGAGGUCCUAGGCAUCUUGAUGGGGAUCUUCUCCUGCCUCAUGAUUCCCCUGGGGAUGGUUUUUGCUGUGCUUCAAGAGGAAGGGACACUCUGGCAGAGAAUACGACAAGCUAGCAGGCCAACCAUGGACUGGGGUCCUUCUCUGGAGGAAAACAGAACUGGCAUGUAUGUGGCCACUUUGUCAGGCAGCCAGUCUCCUAAGCCGUUGAUGGUCCAUAUGCGAAAAUAUGGGGGAAUAACCAGCUAUGAGAACACAGCCAUGGAAGUGGAUAAAGAGAUUGAAGAGGAUGAAGAGGAGUCUAUGAUGUGAACCCAAACAACCCUGAGUUAAAAGGUCAAGAGAAUGUGGGGAGCAGACUCCUGAACUUUCAUACAAAUUUGCACUUUGGCAUUUCAGGUCGCUCAAUAGUCUCUUUCCUGAUGUGCUCAAAUGCUGCUGAUUAUUCAGCAUCUUACAGCAGUGAACUCUGCUGGGAAUCCUAAUAUUGUUGAGGUUCUGUUCAGUGUGGCAAGAAGAUGUGCCAUGAAUCUCUGUGUUAAUGCACCAGUGUCUUGUAGACAGUACUUGGACCCAUCCAUGUUGCCCAUUCCUUCCCACAUCUCUGCUGGUUUCCUUUGGAUCAAAGCCUACCAAACAAAACGAGCCUUCUCCUGUAUGGCUCUAAUGUAUUUCCCUCUUUAGCAUUUGACAUUUGUAUGUGUUAAUAGAUUCAGUCUUCAGACUUUGCAAUCUGAAAGCAGAUUUCCUUUCCCCGAUUUUCCUUAGAUAUGUGACUGAUAUCUCUGUAUCUUCUGAAGCCAAGUUCAAACUUUGUACAGUGCCAGUGUUAAUGUUAGGAAUCUUGCUAACCAGAUGGAAAUUAGCUCAUGAAGCUUAUUGUUUCUGGGAAUAUUGGAAUCCAAUAGUGCCAUAGCAAUGGUUGCCAACUGCUAGGCAGGGCUAGGAGAUCUCCUGGAAUUGCAAGUGAUCUCCAGAUGGCCAAGAUCUGUUCCCAUAGAGAAAAUGGCUGCUUUGGAAGCUGGACUCUA